AUGGUUCUUUUCAACAUGAUAAGCGAGCUCAAACCUGGAAACAUGCACUGGGGAUUGCGUGUUCGCUUAGUUCGGUUGUACUCUGUCCCUAUGUACAAUGACAAGUCAAAGAUUUCAAGUUUGGAGUGUGUUUUCCAUGAUAGAACUGGGGAUCGUAUUCACGCCACGGUGAACUUAGAAGUUAGAACCACUAAUCACAUUCACAAAAGCAAAGGCAGCAUAAGUAAGCAGCUUAAAAUGGAUUCAAAAUUGCCGCUAACCACCAAAACAAAAACUCCAACCGUCAUGUACAAGGUUCACUAA